UGAAUCCUGUUUGAAGGGGGAGAGGGAAAAGAAAGAGCCAGGGGAAUGUCUGAGGGAGUCUGAGGGAGCCGGUGGGCAGGAGAGAGAGACUUUGGACGACAGACUGCAGGAAACACUGGUUUAAAAAUACUCCCUCUGUUGCUAGAAAUAGCCUCGGCUUUGGACAACUUUAUCAGCGGCCGAAGGUUUUGGUGCGCCUUUUUGCUGUGCACUUUUUGGGUAACUAAAAGUUUGGUGGCGAGCGCUCCGUGCUGGGAUCAACCAAAACAACAGAGUAAGGGGGAAAAGCAAGAAGACUUGAGCAGCGCGGAUAUAUAUUUUUUUUUUUUUUUAGUCUGUCUGUUCAGAAAAGGGAACUGAAACGACGGGGUCCGGUUUUCUGUGGAUAAUCACUUUUUCAGCAAAACUUUUUUCAGCGCACAACUUUGGAUCUUUGCGCUGCUGAGAUGCGGUGAUGGAGUCCCUUGAUGUUUCCAAGAUGACUGCUGUCCUUAUGAAGCACAUUUUCAGAGGUGAUCUCCUUUCAAGAAGAACCAUGAGCGACUCUAAAUGGUCGUUUUUGAUCCUCACCUUCAUUUUUGCUGCUUGGAGGCCAGUGACCGCCGGCACUCUCACAGAUCUGGAGUUUGAGAAGAGUCCAACUACUGUCAUCUCUUCCCUGGGCAAACCUGUUACAAUGCAAUGCACCCUGAAGGGGACAGGGGAUGAAGAAGAGGACCCUCCUGAUGUACUCUGGCUGAGAGAUGGCUUUCCACUUCUGUACGCAGACACCAACCAGUUCCAAGUCCACACUGGCAGCAACAGUUGGACGGUCAUUAGUACUCUCAGCAUUGAAAAGGUCCAGCUUCCCGACAUGGGCUCCUAUCAAUGUGCUGUUGUCCUAUCAGAAAGCAACACGACUUAUUCUGAGAGGGGGAGCAUUCAGUUGGAGGGUCUUCCUCAUUUCUCUGUGGAGCCCCAUCACAUGUCUGUAGUGGCCAACGUAUCCCUGAGCUUGAGCUGUGUGGCCCACGGACCUCCAGAGCCAGUCAGGGUCAUCUGGCUGCAGGAUGGCGCUCCCCUCAACUCCCUGUCAGACCCGGUGGCCCUGUCACCCUCCACACUCAACCUCACAGGUUUGAACAGGACCAGCACCUUUUCUUGUGAGGCCCACAACCGCAAAGGUGUGGCCACCUCUGGAUCUGGUACCAUCACUGUUCUCCCAUCCCAGCCUCAGAAUUUGAAACCGUUGGAGAUCACUCAGACCAGUCUCCGUUUAUCAUGGCAGCCCGGUUUUGGAGGCGACUACCCGAUCAUCCGUUGCUCUGUUCAGGCCAAACACAUGGGAGAAAUCUUCACAUCAGGCCCAGAUAAGAUGAUCCACAACCAGAAUGUGAACAUCCCACCAGCCACACACCUCAUCGGGGAUCUGGAGCCCCACAGACUCUACGCUGUCAGGGUGGCAUGUCACAGCAGCCAGGGGCCCUCUGACUGGUCACCCUGGGUGGAGCUACGCACCAAAGAAGGAGUGCCAGACAACUCACCUGUUAAUGUGACCGCGUUGCUAAAUGGGACAGAGGUGCUCAUGACGUGGGAAGGGCCUCCGGGAAAGCUGAAUGGAGAGCUACAGGGCUACGUGGUGGAGUACAGCACGCCUGCCACACAGCAGUUUGUUGUGGAUACUGGAUUGGACACUGAACUGUCAAUCAAUCUGUCUGUCCCCCUUUCCAAUGUGUCUUUUCGAGUGUGUGCCUAUACAGGGGCAGGGCAAGGACCCUGGACCCCCACACAGACUCUGACACUUAUUGCUCCUGAAAUGGAGGGAUUUAGAGGUCCGUCAUCGCCCCCAGCCUUUUCCUGGCACUGGUGGUAUGUGGUGAUGGCCAUUGCCGGGGCUGUGUCCAUAGCUGUGCUCAUGGCUGUUUACGUGGCCAAGCUGCGGCGCAAGGAGACACGUUUUGGAGAGGCGUUUGAACCCAUGAUGGAGAGCGGAGAGCUGGUGGUCAGGUACCGUGCUCGCCGCACCUACAGCCGCAGGACUACAGAAGCAACAUUGAACAGUCUGGGCAUCAGCGACGAGCUGAAGCAGAAGCUCCAAGACGUGAUGGUGGACAGACAUAAACUAACCCUGGGAAAGACCCUGGGAGAAGGGGAGUUUGGCUCUGUGAUGGAGGGGCUGCUGACUCAGGAGGAGUCUGUUCUCAAAGUUGCUGUGAAGACUAUGAAGAUUGCCAUCUGUACCCGCUCAGAGAUGGAAGAUUUUCUUCGUGAGGCUGCCUGCAUGAAAGAGUUUGACCACCCCAAUGUCAUGAGGCUUCUAGGUGUGUGUCUGCAGACUGUGGAGAGUGAAGGUUACCCCUCCCCUGUGGUCAUCCUGCCCUAUAUGAAACAUGGAGAUCUGCACAGCUAUCUGCUGUACUCGAGGCUGGGAGACUGUCCUGUGUAUCUCCCGUCUCAAAUGCUGGUGAAGUUUAUGACCGAUAUCGCCCGAGGGAUGGAGUACCUCAGCAACAAAAAUUUCAUCCACAGAGACCUUGCUGCUCGCAACUGCAUGCUGAAUGAGAACAUGAAUGUAUGUGUGGCGGACUUUGGCCUCUCCAAGAAGAUCUACAAUGGAGACUACUACAGGCAGGGGCGGAUCUCAAAGAUGCCCGUCAAAUGGAUCGCUAUCGAAAGCUUGGCUGAUCGUGUCUACACCACCAAGAGUGACGUGUGGUCGUUUGGAGUCACCAUGUGGGAAAUCGCCACACGGGGCCAGACUCCGUACCCCGGGGUCGAAAACAGCGAGAUUUAUGAUUACUUGAGACAGGGAAACCGUCUCAAACAGCCUCCAGACUGUCUGGACUGCAUCUACUCUCUGAUGUUCUCCUGCUGGCUACUGAGCCCGAAGGAUCGCCCAUCAUUUGAGUCCCUGCGCUGCGAGCUGGAAAAGGCCCUUGAGGAUCUGCCGGAUCUCCAGGACCCAGACGAGAUCUUGUACGUCAACAUGGACGAGUCCUCCAUGGAGCUCGGGGCCGUCGGCGGCCGCGACCCCAUUGGGGGGCCAUCUCCACUCUGCCUGAAGGGUCUGGACUCUGUGACCACUGUGGAGGUCCACCACCCCAACCGCUACGUCCUCUGUCCGCAACACGAGACCAACCGAGCCCUCUCUGACUCCAUGGAGAGCCUGGACAUGCCGGUGUCGUCCUCCACAGCCACGCUGCCUCUUCAGCCGUCCUGCCACUCCACUCCCAACCCCACCCCAGCUCCCACCCCAACUGUCGAGCUGCUGGAGGACAGGGAAGGGUCCAGGAAAAUGCCCUGGCAGUGAUGGCGUCACUUUAAAAAAAAAAAGGACAAGACUCAUCACUGCCAAAGUGUGCCAUCCUUUCAACCCAGUCCAAGAAAAAGAUCCACCCUCUUGCUACUGACUGUAAGAUACCUAACGCGCCCCUACGGACAUAUUUUGCACAACUACACUCAUACCACACGCAGCCGAAGGCAUUCCAAGGAAGUGAGGGAUUGGGAUUAUUUCUUUUGUUAACUCCCUCUCUUCUAAAAAAUGAGCACAUUUCCAAGUGAGUGGUAAUCAUGUGAUUAGUGUAGCAGGAGGAACACUGUUACCAACGAUAGUUAGUGGGUGAAGUUUAGAGCACAUGCUGUUGCCUACAUACACUGCCACACAAUCAGAGAAAUUAAUUCCCAGUCGUUAUAGCAAUAAAAUACCAACUACCUGUGUACAGCAGAGUGUUCUCUCCUUCACGUGAUUAAGCUAAAAAAAAAAAAAAAAUCAAACGUCUCUGUGAAACCAGCUCAGACACUGCCAGGCUGAAUCUACAACCAAACAAACUCAGGAGCUUGAACUUUUCCAGUAAGUAAGUGCUAACAUAGAGGACUCACAUCGGCUGAGGAAACUGUUCCUCUGAUGGAGAAACCUCGCCCAUCCCAAUCCUCUGCUCCUGUGUAACUCAGAGCAAAAAAUAACUUGGUGGGAAAGGAAAGGAAGAAGCAGCAGUGUCUCUUUCGCUGAUCGGGUGAAGUAAUGGCUGGCUUCUUCGAGGUUACAUUGAGGUUUAUGAAGGACAAUAAGAAGAUUUUUCUAGGUUAAAAUCACCAACGUUGUAGUUUUUGUUGGGCUUUUUCUUUUAGCUUGAGCAUCAUCAUUUUUGUACUUUGAAUUGUGGUUUUGGUGUCACAGCUUCAAAGCAUGGAAGGAUUUCCUCUCACCACAGAAAAUCAUGUUAUUCUUCAACUUCAGUUCACCUUACUUGAAGUUAGAAAACUUUACCCAGUAGCAACAGAAUGAAAUAUGAAUUAAAAAGUAAUAAUUACUGAAGAAUUAAAAAGAGAUUACCAAAAUUUGCAAAGAAAAUGAAAUUUUCGGCUUUAGAGACUUUCGUGUUAAGCUUUUUCUUUUUAACGAGGGACCGCCAUCGCAUUAAUCAAAACCUACAGUAGUUUGUGAUAGCCUAAUGUAGCGCUCUAUCAACCUCUGCAUCGUCUCCAGGGGUUGUACUGCUAGUUGUGCAUGAAGCACCGUGAGCCGUUUACAGUUCACACAAGGCAACUUCCUCACUGCAAAACCUGAUUCAACUAGUCUUUACAUCUUUGUCAUAACUCAGGAACCUGAGACUUUGCUCAACAAGGACAGAGGUACUGGUCAAAUCAAGAGGGUACAAAUAAUCAGAAGUAGGCGGAUGGACUGCGGGUAGGUACGGACAUGACGGAGGUACCCAGAGCAAAUGGCGGGAUAAGCUCCUCACCUUUGCUUUUGGCUCAAGCACAGUGUUAUUACACAUUUUGUAAUUUUUUUUAAUUUUUUUUUAUGCUGAUUUUUGUAUUUCUACAACUUUGCACUAAUGUUUUUAUAUCAAUGUAUGUUUGUUUAUAAUUUGUAUAUCUUUUUACGCUUUUUCAUUUUGGUGUUUGUAAUUACUUUUAUGGACACUCUCGGUCAUCCUGCAGACGCCUCUCAUGAAAUCAUUUCACACGUAACAACUUGUAUAUUCUUAAAUGCAGAGAGCGAAAAGCCUGUGAAAAGCAUCGCAGGGGCGUUGAACUCCAUUCGAAGGAGCGUUUUCCGUAAAUGAGCAAACGACCGCGAGACUGGAAAACAUGACUAACCUCGUCAUCUGACGUCAUCCUGCCACUCUCUUAUUCUGGGACAUUUUUGUUUCUCGAGGUUUAGCUCUGUGCAGAAAGCUGAAAACUGAAUGGACGUGUGGUCAUCAAAACCUCUGCUUUGAAGAAAUUUACCAGCUGCAACUUCACAUCAUGCAUGCACUUAUUUUUUAUAUAUAUAAAUAUAUAUAUAUAUGUUUGCUUUAGUUUAUAAUUUUGUCAUUGGAAUGGACCAUAUUCCAACACACAUUUUCGGAGAACAUUUGUUUAAAUGAGGCGCUGUGUUUCUCAGUUGUAUACGUCAAAGGUACUUAUAUAUGAAACAGUAUACAGUGAUAUUUUAUACCUGUAGCAUUACUGAAAUUCCUUGUCAAGUGUACAUUUCUUGCAAUACCUUUGGUACUGUAUACUCAGUGAGUUUUGUGAACCACAUGCUGAGACUGAGGCACUGGUUGUAAUUUUGGUAUUUGUGCAAAUAUUCCACCAAUUUGAAUGCAGAUUUAAACACUUACUGUACUGUGCCAACCAAUGUGUGUUUGGAACAUUUUGGUCUUUAAAAGUUUUAUUGGAGAAAACAAAGCUGAUCUUUCAAGUAGAUUCCUGCAGAAACUGAAAGUCCUUCUUCACGUCAGUUCAGCAUUGAAUCUCAAAUGUACCUUCAGUGCCUUCAGAGAGCCAGUAUUUUGCAUUACAGUAGAUAUGUGUGUGUGAUUCUCUCGGUGUGUUGAAUUGGGAGAAGACUGUACUAUAAUUGCCUUUAUAUUGUCACUGUCAUGAUUUGUAAACACAUUUUUUUUACAGUGCCUACAGUAUUUUGUAUAAGAAAUAAAUGUGUUCAUCAUGA